AUGCCUCUCUGCAUCGGUCAGCGCUGCGUGCAGGCCGCGGCCUCCACCAGCAGCAGAGUGGGUGCGCCGGUGCCCACGCUGAGAAGCAACCGGGCAGCCCGCAGCGUGCGAGUCGGCCUGACUGGGGGAGCUGCGGGAGAGAAGGCCCUAUUUGGCGAGGACUUUGGCGCGCGCGACCCCUACGCCGCGGAGAUUGAGAGCAACUUCGGCGAGAAGGUCCUAGGCAACUACAACACCGAUCACAUCAUCAAGCCCCCAGAGGCCAUCGGCAAGGUCCUGGGCCUCGCUGCCCGCAGCCUCCCGGCGGCUUCCGAGCUCGUGGUCCUGGACGCCUCGACCCGCGAGCGGCUGCGGCAGCAGGUACCCGGCUGGCGCGUCGUCGCGGCCGGCGCGGACGCCGCCGCCGCCAUCCAGCAGGACUGGACGGUCAAGGACGCUGACUCAGCGCAGCGGCUGGUCGACAGCAUCGGGGAGAUCUCGCGGUCGCUGGGCCACGCGCCCGCGUCGCUCGAGGCCGUCGGCGGCACCACCGUCGUCGCGCGGCUGGCCACAGAGGCGCUGGGUGAGCAUGUGCGUGUGUAG